UAGAGCAGGAGACGAAAGGAUGGGCCGAACAACAACCAGCUGGGCCGACCCACGAAGCCUAGCGCGGCCCAUGCGACCAGGGCAUGUGAGCGAUCCACCGAUGGCCGCCAAGGAGGGAGACGGGACCGGAGCGGGCACCGUCGUCGGGCUGGCGCUCGGCGGCUCCAAAUCCAGCGCCUAUGUCCUCCAGUGGGCGCUCGCCAACUUCGUCAGGGACGACGCCGCCCCUCCCGCCUUCAAGCUCAUCCAUGUCCUCAUCCCGGUCCUGGCCGUGCCCACGCCACCUCCAGUGAAGAACCGCCUCCCGAUUGAUGACGUCAGCAGCGACAUCAGCGUCGACUAUCUCCACGGACUGUGGAUCAAGAAGCAGGAAAUGCUGCGCGGCUGCAAAGACACAUGUGAUGAAUACAAGGUUGAAGCUCAAGUACUGCUUGUUGAGGGUAGCGAUGUCGCAGAUACCAUUUCCAGUCUCGUUGUUCAGUACCAGAUACAGAUCCUCGUUGUCGGUAACCCUUCCAGCAAGAACCCAUUCACUGGGAGUUCCAGUACAAGUAGGACGACCACCAAAAUUUGCAAGAGUGUCCCCAGCUUUUGCACAGCAUAUGUUGUUUCAAAGGAUGGAUUGUCUUCAAUUUAUGCUUCUGAGUCAGAAAGCGGCUCGCCCUCUGGCUCUCUAGUACCAAAAGGCAACUCCGAGAGCUCCGAGACCGAAGAAUUUAUUACAGAUUCCUCAAGAUCAGAUUUGGAUGACAGUUCAGGGCAGGGCCUGCCACCCUCCAACUUGGCAUCAGAGAAGCUCGAAAGUUGUUCAUCUGUUGAAGGUUUUACUUUAUAUGAUUAUCUCAGUGGAAAUGCAUCAGUAUAUCCCGACAAGGACAGAAGAAUUACCCCAUCCACUGGUUCUGAAAGAUCUAUAUCAAGUCAAUCGCAGGGUUCGGACAAGGUGCUAACAAAAGAAAGUUCACUGCUGGGAUCAAUGCUUUCAGACAACAAGGGUUCGGACAAGGUGCCAGCAAAAGAAAAUUCACUGCUGGGAUUAAUGCUUUCAGACAAAAAGAAUGAUGUCAGUACAGAGCUCGAAAAGCUGAAGCUUGAACUGGGACAUAUACAAGGAGCAUACAAACUCGUCCAGGAUGAGUCUGCCGAUGCAUCUCAUCAGGUGAAUGAAUUAGCUACCAGGCGCAUGGAAGUGGAAGCUCAGUUAAGUGAGAUACAGGCCAGGGUGGAUAAGGCCAAUGACGAUGUACUGGAACAGACGGCGCAGAGACUUGUCGCAGAGGAGGCAACAACCCAAGUAAAGCAUCUUACGAGGUUGGAGGUUAUUCAGAAAAAUAGGCUGCUGGCAAAGGCAUCCAAGGACGCUGACAGGAAGGCGAGGCUGGAGAAGCUCCUUGUACUUCAAGACGACUCGUACUGGACGUUCACUUGGGAAGAGAUCGAUAACGCUACAGCAUCAUUGUCAGAGUCACUCAAGAUCGGGACUGGGUCUAAUGGAACGGUAUACAAGGGCCAUCUCAAUCACUUGAAUGUAGCGAUAAAGGUCCUUCAUUGUAAUGACAGCUCCAGUACCAAGCAUUUCAACCAAGAGCUUGAGGUUCUGAGCAGGAUACGCCACCCGCACUUGGUGAUGCUCCUGGGAGCCUGUCCGGACAAGGGCUGCUUGGUGUACGAGUACAUGGAGAACGGCAGCCUUGCGGAUCGUCUGCAGCUGAAAAAGGGCACACCACCUAUCCCAUGGUUUGAUCGCUUCCGUAUUGCCUGGGAAAUUGGGUCAGCCCUCGUGUUCCUGCACAGCGCAAAGCCCAGCCCAAUCAUCCACCGUGACCUGAAGCCUGAAAACGUCCUCCUCAACAGCAACCUAGUGAGCAAGAUUGGUGACGUGGGCCUGUCAACCCUGAUGCCACCCAAGGAGACUCUGUCAAACCGCACGGUGUUCAAGAAGACGGGUCUGGCGGGCACACUGUUUUACCUGGACCCGGAGUACCAGAGAAGCGGGCAGGUGUCGGUGAAGUCGGACACGUACGCGCUUGGCAUGGUGAUCCUUGAGCUGCUGACGGCCAGGUCACCGAUCGGGCUACCUGAGCUAGUGGAGCGAGCGGUGGAAGGCGGCCGGAUCACUGAUGUCUUGGAUGAGGGCGCAGGGGAGUGGCCCGUGAAAGAAGCGCAUGAACUUGCCCAGCUAGGCCUCAAGUGUUUGGAGAUGCGGAGCAAGGACCGGCCUGACCUCAAGAGCGUGGUGGUGGUGGAGCUGGAACGGCUGAAGCAUAUCACGGCCGGUAUGCUGGAGCUGGCGCGGGCCUUGCCUGGCUUGCCCGGGCCGCCGCCCAGCCACUUCAUGUGCCCAAUACUCAAGAGGGUGAUGAAGGACCCGGUGCUGGCGGCGGACGGGUACUCGUACGAGCGCAGCGCGAUGGAGAUGUGGCUGUGCGACAUGGACACGUCGCCGGUGACCAAGGCGCGGCUGCGUGACAAGAAGCUGGUGGCUAACCUGUCUCUUCUGAGCGCCAUCACGAGCUGGGCGGCCCGGGGGGGAGGCUUCUAAUGGUAAAUAGCUAAGUCAGUCUAACAGACAGUAGAGAGUGCUGCACAUAUAUAUCAUCGGAGUUUGGUUGGAUUGGGUUUGGAGAGAAGGUUAAUGCGGGUAUACUAGGAAGAGAGAGAGGUGUUUUUGUGCGUCUGUUAUUUCGUGUCAGCUGCUGCUUGUGCAUGAAGCGAAGGAGCAAUUUUGCUGCAACCAUAUAUACUGUUGGUGGUUAUCAUACUACGAUGAUCAGGACCUGGACACGCUAUUUUGCUGUCGAGGAGCAAUUUUGCUGUAAGUAGACUAGUGGAGAUGUCCAGGACCAGGAGAGUAGGGCAGAGGGUAGAUGAUCCAGAGGGCUGGCGAUUGCAUCAUGAGUUGAUGUUGGUCGUCUAAAUACUAAUAAGGAUAGGAUACGGAGAAUUUUGGUUGGAUGGAUGCCGUACGCGUGGUUAUGCUGUACGUGCUAUUGUGUCUUUUGGCAUUGAAACUUGUUGGAGGAUGUGGCCUUUUUUGUACUGGUGUUGUUGGCCUUGUGCUGCGAAAGCCAGAUUGAGAUGAGAGAUGAAUGAAAAAAUGUGGAUAUCGUUUUGGUUU